GCUGGUGUUCGGGAUGCUCUACCCGGCCUACGCCUCCUACAAGGCGGUGAAAACCAAGAACAUCCGGGAAUACGUCCGCUGGAUGAUGUACUGGAUUGUGUUCGCGCUCUUCAUGGCCACAGAGACGAUCACGGAUACCUUCAUUUCCUGCUGUGCCGUGUCUCUGCAGGAUAUCGACCUGUACAUCACCCAGGCUAAGGAGCGUGGCUACGAGACCAUGGUGAGCUUCGGCAGAAAGGGCCUCAACAUCGCGGCCACGGCGGCCGUCCAAGCUGCGGCCAAGAGCCAAGGAGCCCUGGCCGGGCGUCUGCGCAGCUUCAGCAUGCAGGACCUGCGGGCGCUCCCCGACGACGCCCCCGUGCACUACGAGGACCCCUUGUACCUGGAGGAGCAGGCAGCCAGGAGGCGGCCGAUGGCUUACAGGACCGCCUCGGCCGGCCGGCUGCCGGGGCGCGAGAGCGACACGGAGGAAGAGGAGUGCUGGUCGGACUCCCAGGUCCCUCCCGAGGCUCAGCCCCGCAGCCGGGACGUCGCGCUGACCAAGCCGCUCUCCCGGAGACAGAGCCUGCGGGCCCAGCCAGGCACGAUGGUGGCCGGAACAACUGGCGCGUUGAGCCGAGCGGUUGUGGGAGCCGUCGCCUCUCCAGAGAUCUGUGCCUUGGGUCAGACGAUCCACCUCUGA